AUGCCUCCGCCUCCUCCGCCGCCGCACGCACACGCUCAACGCACACUGUACGCCUACCACGCCGCGCCCGUCCACUCGAUCGACUACCACUACCUCCCGUCCUCGCAUUCCGCCGGCAACACGGGUGUUUCUCCCUCCUUGUUCCGCCAACCGCUCGCUCCGGCUUCUCCCAACGUCCCUUCACCGCACACAGCCGCCCCCUCGUCGUCUACCAAGCCCGCGCCCGCCCCUUCCAAACCGAAGAAGGCCUCCUCCUCAACCGCCUCCUCCUCAAAGCCCACUCCCACCCCUCGCGCCCCCUCCUCCAAAGCCUCCUCCACCGAGCCUCCCUCCUCCUUCCUCGCUCCAUCCUACACCCUCAACCCCGCCGGUCCCGCCUCAAACGCAGACAUCGACUUUGAGUGCCCCCAUUGCGACAAGAAGUAUAGGGGCAAACACGCGAGGAGUAUCUGGAGGAGGCACUUGCAGGAUAAACAUGGGAUUCCGCUGAGUGCGCAGCCGAGACGGACGAGGUGGGAUAAUGACGCCAACCGCCCGAAAUCCGAAGAAGAGAAGCGCGCGCGAACACUCGACUCGAAGCGUCGCUGGGCGCGCAAGCACCGUGCCGGCGGGGGCGACGUCAAGCCCAAAGCCGAGUCAGGGAUCUUCAGUGUCCCUUCCGCUGCCGAGGGGAGCUUGAAUGGCGGGUCGGUUGGGACGCCGGCGAGUGAGGGAGAGGAGGAGGACGGACCGGACGAGGCGGAUUCGAGCUUUGAGAUGAGCGGCGAGUGGGCUGAGGGCGUCAGGGGGGGAAGCGUACCUGUCUUCCACCACCAUCAGCAGCAACACCAUCCCUACGCCGUCGCCUCGAACCCGUUCUAUCCGACUACGGCAGGCCCAAGUAUCUACGGCCGCACGCCGACCAAGUCUGCGGUUCCCGUCCCCGGCUCGGGCCUCAUCGAUCCCUACCUCGCCUCUCGCCCUCCUCUCCGCUCGACUUCGAGCAUGCCACCGGGCUACCCAUCACCGGACGUCGUCGACGGCGCGACCGAAGCCCUCCACCUUCCGCAACACUACGGCGGGUCCGCCAGCGCCCACCUUCUCUACCAACAAGGCGCCUCGACUUCCGCCGCGACCAACCCGUAUUCCCAGCCGUUUCAGUCGCAGCUCGUCGCGCAGGAACAGCCUCAUCCGGCUUCCGGGUAUCCGAUCUUGCAUCACCCGCGGGGGGUUGACGAAGAGGAAGACGAGGCGGAGGAUUUGGACGACCCGCAUCGUCGAUUGAACCCUUCGCUCCUCUCUGCCGCGCAGCCGAGACGACCCAACUCCCAGCCGCACGUCAUCACAGCCGGCCAACCUGCGCCAGUCGCCUUACCCUACUUCGCGCGCCGUCAGUCCCCAGCGAGGUUGUUGACCACGAACUUGAACGGUGGCGUGUCGGGUAUCGCAGCGGGCAUCCCUGCGCCGCGGGAAAAGACCGAGGCGUUGACGAACGGGCUCGAAAGUCCAGUCAAGUUGCGUCGGACUGGGACGAACGGGAAGGGCAAGGAGCCGAUCCAUGCGAGGCAGCCUGCUGCGCACAGGGAAGACGCGGCGGGCAUCUUGCUCGCUCUCAAGGCGGGACCGAGUAGUCCGAUGGGCCCUUCGCACGUCCAGAGUCCGGUCUCGAGCGUGAGGGGGACCGAGUCUGGCCGGCGACGCGGGACGGGCAGCGAAGACGAGCGCGAGGAGGAGAGCGACGAGGAGGACGAGAGGGAGGUACAGGCGUUGAUGUUGCGCUCGAGGGCGCAGAGCGCGAGUGGGACCGCCUCGCCUUGGCGUGCGGCGUUGCACCAUUCGACUGCCGCUGCUGCAGCAGCAGCCGCCGCCGCAGCAGCAACAGCCGCCAUCUCCCCUCGCAAGCGGGGUCGGUCCGAGUCGCCCGCGCCAAACCUCAACAGUACCUCGUCCGGCGAAGGCUCGACAGCCGCCGCCCAUGCGCUCCUCGCGACGGCCAAGAAGGCCCAUGCGUACGCUACGACUCUCCCUUCGUCCGCUGCGGGCCCGGGCCCGGGUUCGCGCGGGUGGGGACACGAGAUGAGUCUCGUUGCGACCCCGACGCCGGGCAACAUGAUGCGUAUCGCGAUGGAGAGUUCGCCUGUUGUCAGGUUUGGAGCGGCGGGUGCGGCGGUCGGGGCGGAUAGCGAGGGUGAUUUGAUUGUGGGUGAGGAGGAUGAGGCGGAGGAUGCGUUUACGAGUUCGAGUGGCGGUGGGAGGAGGCCGAGGAGAGGGAGGAGUAUCAGUCCGAGUAGCCAGAAGGGCGGGAGGCGGAGAGGAGGUGGGGCAGGGUCGAGCAGCAGUGGUGGAGGAGCGGCGAGCAGCUCGUCCCAGCCUCGACCGCUUCACCACCACCACCCUGUCGGCCUUACCUCCGAACUGGGCGACUUUGACCUCGAGCCGCCUUCGUCCGCUUCGAUUCCCCGCACGCACCACCAUCACGACCCGCUCCGCGAACUCGAUGCUGCGAUGCAGCCGCAUCCGGGAUCGUCGUCUUCGGUCGUCUCGCACCUUGCGACGCCCGCGCCGGUCGGCAGCUCGACCGCCAUGCGCACCUCGUCCUCCGCCGACGCCAUCUCGCGACACGCGACGCACCCUCACGACCCGUUCCUCGUCGCCGGUGCAUCUGCCGCCAUCCCAACCACCGCCACGAACGCCGCCGUCGAUGCGGUCUCCCGCACCUCUUCCCCUCCGGGCGCCUUCUCCAGCUUUCUCUUCUCGUCGCCCGCCCAUCCGCAGUUCUCCAAGACGCUCGGUCUGACCGCCGCGCCAGGUCCAGGCGUCCUCUACACCGGCGCCGGCGGCGAGACUCCCGCGCGAGGGGGCCUCGGUCCGCACGCAGGCGGCGCUCUCGCAGCUGUCGCCGGUCUCGGUGGUCGCCACUCUCGCGCGAGGGAGAUUUCGGCCGAGGAGGAGCUGAUGGUCGUUGCGGCGCGCGAGCGCGAACGGAUCGAGGCGAUGAAGACGCCGGUUACGGCUCGCGUUGGGCUGGAGGGCGUCAUCGGCCGCAGGAACGGGAUGCCUGCGAGCGACCUCGAGUCGAACGAGGAGGAGGGGAGCGAGGUGACGGGUACGCCGGGGCGGGAGAGCCAGAGCCCCGGCAAGACGACGGUCGACGAGGACGAAGAUGAGGACGGCAGCCUCGAUGACUGA